AUGUCAGAAAGAAGUGACUUCCUGGAGCUGGUGGUGACAGGAUAUUACUCAAGCAAAGUCACCUUGUCUGCCAUUUCUAGCCCUGUGGUGACUUCAGGAAGGCUUGUGACUCUUCAGUGUGUCUCACAACAGGCAUAUAACAUGUUUAUUCUAAUGAAGGAAGACGAGAAGUUCUCCCCGGCUUUGCCCUCACAGAAUAUAUACCCUGAGUUAUUUGGAUCCCUGUUCACUGUGGGUCCUGUGACCCCCAACCAGAGGUGGAGGUUCACAUGCUAUGGGUAUUACUUGAGCAGCUCCCAGCUGUGGUCAGUACCCAGUAACCACCUAGAGCUCCUGGUCUCAGGGAUCCUUCAUAAACCCACCAUCUGGGCUCAUCCCGGCUCUGUGAUCACCUCAGGGAGUCCUGUUACCAUCUGGUGUAAGGCAACCCUGGGAGCCCUAACGUAUGUGAUAUAUAAAGAGGGAAUCCAAGAGCCCUGGGUCCAACAGACUCAAACAGACAACAACACUGAGGCAAAACUCCCCAUUCCAUCUGCGACACAAGUGCAGGCAGGGCGAUAUCACUGCUACACCUACACCUCUGCUGGAUGGUCAGAGCGCAGUGACACCUUAGAGCUGGUGGUGACAGGAGUCUACAACAAACCCACCCUGUCAACCAUGCGAAAUCCUGUUGUAAACUUAAGAGGGUCUGUGACCCUCUCUUGUACCUCAAGUCAGAGAUAUGACUGGUUCAUUUUAACAAAGAAUGGUCAGAAGUUCUCCAUCCCUCAGAGCUCAAGAUACACACACACUGGGAUGUUCCUGGCUGAGUUUCCAGUGGGUCCAGUGACCUCUAGGCAGAGGUGGAGGUUCAGAUGCUAUGGCUAUUACACAAAUAAUCCUCAGGUGUGGUCAGAAGGGAGCGACGUCCUGGAGCUCCUGGUCUCAGGUGAAGAAGCCUCAGACUCUCUGUGGAAUCGUGUUGCACCUGACUCAUGUUCCCAGUGA